AUGCUGGAGGGACGCCUGUCGCGUCUGCUCAAAGCAAAGCUGCUUCGACGAUCAUCUACACCUGCGGUUCCAAAAGCAGCCGAAGGAGCGGACCCGGUCCACCCAAUCUCAACUUCUACAUCUCGCGCUCAUCAGCUUUUCGACUCUGCGAGUGAAAACAUCCCGUACAGCGUCGUCUCUUCUGCUGUCAAUUCCUCCAUUGAUAUCAGAUCUGGUCCCGAUCCCCCCGAUCACCCCGAGGGUCCGGGUCAAGCGAAUACGGGGGAAUCAACCCGAACAUCUCCACCAACAAAGCUUCAACAUCGCCUCUCAAUCGAUCUUCCAUCCUGCACUCCGCCAUCCACCGAGCCCAACUCCUCCCCGCUUCACACACCUCUUUCAGAGCUUCCUUUCUCCCUCCAGACCCCGCUUCCCACCCCUCGGCCCUGCGACGAUACCUCACUUGUAAGCGCCCCAGAGCCAACUCUAUCCGAAAUCCAAUCGAUCCCAAACCUGGACCCUGUCACGGAACGCGUCUCUGAAGGUCGACGAAAAUCGUCAUUAUUGUUUCCUCCCCAACCUACCAAGCGCCCUACUAUUGCAAUACGUCGCCAGUCUCUUCUCCCCGCAUCACAUCAGCAUUUGAUCAGCCGUCUGUCGGAGCAGAACCUGUUCGUUUCACAGGGUGAUCCGCGUAGCGGUCACCCACCGGCUAUAGCCACUGCGAUGGUGCAACGUCGAGUUUGGGUCAAGCGGGUAGGGGGCUCAGCCACACUUGUGCCUUGCUUAGAGGAUGCAGUAGUGGACGAGCUGCGAGACCAAGUGAUCAGAAAGUAUGCGAACUCUCUGGGGAGAUCCUUCGAUUCUCCUGAUAUCGCGAUCAGAAUAAUACGUCGAGAAGGAUCGACUCGCUCGGGAACUCCAGAACGCCUCUUAAGCCCAGAGGAAACACUGUCGUCCGUACUCGACUCAUAUUAUCCUGGAGGCCAAACAAUCGAGGAGGCGUUGUUAAUCGAUGCGCCAACCUCCCGAACCCCGAAACCAUCACCCCGUCACCUAGUAUAUCAUCACAACCACUCUGAACCCGGCGAGCAUGGUGAAUACUUCCCUCUCAUGCCUGCCAACCCCAAGGUUCCGACGCCACCUACUCACGUUGCGGCUUCAACACCAAAUGCGCCCUCGAUAUCUAUCCUUAACACUGGCGUGGCUCCGCUGUUGCCAUCACCAGGGAGUCGCGCGUCACGUCAUCACCGCCGACCACCGCUCAACAGACAUACAACCAACUCUCCGACGUUGCUUGGCCAAUUGCCCACCAUUGCCGAUACCAGCAUCUCUCCUCAUUCGCAACCCCCUCCCACUGCUCCAGUACAAGCUGUUCCGACACCACCUGUAACGGUUGUAGAGUCUCCUCAAGCCAAGUCACACACACCUCCUGUACCGGUUGCAUCCCCAAGGAACAUACGCAAAUCAAAGGUUGCUGCUUCUCCAGGGGCAAUGUUUGGAGGCUUGAUUGAUGGCACCGUGCCACCAAUCAAUGUUCUGAUUGUGGAGGAUAACAUUAUCAAUCAAAAGCUUCUUGAAGCUUUCAUGAAGCGCUUAAGUGUCCGGUGGAAGUGUGCAGCGAACGGCGAGGAGGCAGUGCGGAAAUGGAGACAGGGAGGAUUUCAUUUGGUGUUGAUGGAUAUUCAACUACCUGUUAUGAACGGCCUAGAUGCCACAAAAGAGAUCCGUCGACUGGAACGAAUCAAUGGCAUUGGUGUCUUUCCAAAAACGGCAUCCGGUCGAUCCAGUGCUUCAAGUGCCACCGCCUCUCCACCGGAGAAAAGACCGGGUCUCCAUCGGUCAGUCAGUGAGGAAGAUACACUGACCGAUCUUUCAUUGUUCCGAAGCCCUGUGAUCAUUGUCGCAUUGACAGCAAGUAGUUUGCAAAGUGAUCGUCACGAGGCCUUGGCUGCUGGAUGUAACGAUUUCCUGACCAAGCCCGUGGGAUUCCCGUGGCUUGAGCAGAAGGUCUCUGAAUGGGGCUGCAUGCAAGCAUUGAUUGACUUCGAGGGAUGGCGCAAAUGGCGUGGAUUUUUGGAUUCCCCUCAAUCUGCUUCUUACAACUCGGACAGUGCAGCUAGUCCGAUGCAAUCAGGUACCCGGAAUGAGUCUGCCUCUCAGCCAGAUGUGGGAUCACCUUCCGUAAAUCGUACGGCCAAGUACAAACCAGGAAAACUUAAACGGCCUCAUCUACCAGAUGCGGAGGUCCUGCGCGAAGACUCAUGGGGCAGUGGUAGCGGUAGUGGUGACACUGCAGAUUCAUUCACCAGCCCUGCUUUACCUUCAGCCGGGAUAGACAAUACGUCGGCCCAAGCUACUUCCAAUCCGUCAGCUGGACAGUAA